GACGCGCAGCGGCCCAAGAUGGACGCCGCGGGGCUGCUCGCCGCCCCGGCCCCGGCUCCCGCCGCGCGCGGACCCCAGCUCGGCGGCGACCCCGGUCGGACCCGCAGAGCCCCGGGCCCCGCGCGCCGCCGCCUGCUGCUGCUGCGGGGCCCCGAGGACGGCGCGCAGGGGCCGCGGCGCGGGGAGGCCCGGCCGGCGGGCCCCGGCGCCGACGACGACUCCUUCGUGGUGCUGCUGGACGUGGCGCGCGGCGAGGCCGAGGCCCCGGGGCGGCGGGGCAGCGAGCCGGAGCCGGAGCCCGGCGCCGCCGCGAGCCUGGCCGGCCGCCCCCACCCGGCGCCCUGCGCCGCGGCCCCGGCCCCCCGGCCUGACGCGCCCCUUGCGGGCCCCGUGGCCGCCGGCGGCCGGGACCUGCUGGCGCGCCUGGAGCGCGGCGUCCUCGCGCUGGCUGCGCCGAGCCGGGGCCCGCCGUCCGGCCGGGAGGCCGCCGGCCCGGCCGAGGCCCGCCGCGCGCCCGCCGGCCCCGGCUACCGCUGCCCCGAGCCGCAGUGCGCGCUCGCCUUCGCCAGGAAGCAGCAGCUGCAGGUGCACCUGCUGACGCACGGCGGCGGCCGGGCCCGGCGGCCCUUCAGGUGCCCGCUGGACGGCUGCGGCUGGGCCUUCACCACGGCCUACAAGCUCAAGCGGCACCUGCAGUCGCACGACAAGCUGCGGCCGUUCGGCUGCCCGGUGGGCGGCUGCGGCAAGAAGUUCACCACCGUGUACAACCUCAAGGCGCACAUGAAGGGCCACGAGCAGGAGAGCGUGUUCAAGUGCGAGGUGUGCGCCGAGCGCUUCCCCACGCACGCCCGGCUCAGCUCGCACCAGCGCUGCCACUUCGAGCCCGAGCGGCCCUACAAGUGCGACUUCCCCGGCUGCGAGAAGACGUUCAUCACGGUGAGCGCGCUGUUCUCCCACAACCGGGCCCACUUCAGGGAACAGGAACUCUUCUCGUGCUCCUUCCCUGGGUGCAGCAAGCAGUACGACAAAGCCUGUCGCCUGAAGAUCCACCUGAGGAGCCACACAGGCGAGAGACCUUUUAUCUGUGACUCUGACAGCUGUGGCUGGACCUUCACCAGCAUGUCUAAACUCCUGAGGCACAAAAGGAAGCACGACGAUGACCGCCGCUUCCCCUGCCCCGUCGAGGGCUGCGGGAAGUCCUUCACCAGGGCCGAGCACCUCAAGGGCCACAGUGUCACCCACCUGGGCACCAAGCCCUUCGCGUGUCCUGUGGAGGGGUGCUGUGCCAGGUUCUCGGCGCGAAGCAGCCUCUACAUUCACUCCAAGAAGCACCUGCAGGAUGUGGCCGCUCCAAAGAGCAGGUGCCCAGUGUCCAGCUGCGACCGGCUGUUCGCCUCCAAGCACAGCAUGAAGGCCCACGUGGUCAGGCAGCACCACCGGCACCCAGACCUCUUCCCUCCGCUGGGAGCUCCGAGCACUCUCACGCCCAGCAGCGACCUGGGCAGCCCCGGCCCGCGCGAGUUCAGCAGCGUGGACCUGGCGGUCCUCUUCGACACACCGGGCGACGGCAGUGGUGCCCCCGGGGCCCCCGCCGAGGCCCCGGGCCCUGGGAUCCUGACGGUGGAUGGGACUCCUGUGAGCGCCUCUCUCGGAGGGGACCUCCCUGCCGGUCAGGCUUCCUUAGGGCCAGCGGACCCGCUGGUCCUGGUGGCCCACGGUGAUGUCCUGCCUGGCCUGGACAGCCCCCUCGUCCUUGGGCCGGCAGCCACAGUUCUCCAGCAGGGCAGCCUCCCUGCAGACGAGGGGCCAGCUGUGGGUGCGGGGGCGCUGGGCUGUCUGGUGGCCCUGCCUGUGAAGAGCUGGAGUCGGGACCCCCAGGCUUUGACCUCCGCCAGCUGCCCCCAGGGAAACAGCAGUGCCCCGGAGCUGCUGGUUCCCGUCAAAGCGGAACCGGACUCGCCCCCUGGCCCCGACGCCCUUGGGCGGCAGGAGUGGAGCGGAGAGGUGCCUCGGCCGGUGGAGUCCAGCCCCGCAGAGGAGCACGGUCCUCGGAGAGACGGGCUCGGUGUGGGGACCGGCGGCUUCUACUUGCUGUGUGACGUGGGCCAGCCUGGCAUCUGUGAGCCCAGAAGGCACGUGGCGAGGGGGCCGCAGGAAGGUGGGGGCUCCGCAAGAACUGAUUCGCGAGCCAUUCAGCUAGCCAAGGAGCAAAAGCAGAAAGGAGCCGGGAGCCACGCAGGGGCCGCGGAGUCUGCACCGAGCCCGGGGGAAGGUGACGUCCGCGCCGGCCCAGGAGCCUGGCUGUGGGGCAGCCUCGCGGUGCCCGGCGGGGCUCUGCCGUGCGUCCAGGUCCGGUUGCUGCAGGACGACCCCUCGGGGGACGGAGUCCCGCCGCUGGCGCUCAGCCCGCAGCCCGCCGCCUGCCACCCGCUGCUUGCUGUCGACCUGCCCAUCUACGUGCUCCAGGAGGUGCUGCCUGCAGCCGGAGGGGCCGCCGGGCCCGAGGACGCACAGAGCACGGGCGGCCUGCAGGCCCCGCAGUGAAGCUGCCCUGCCGGCGCCAGGGGCGCGCUCCAAAGGCCGGCCUCGUUCGUCAGAGACUUUGGGGUACAUUUUCGCAAGUGUUUUUCUUGCGUUUUAUCAGGGACUGACUUGGGCUGUAGCAUCUGGCGUGCCUGUCGGAGCAGACGCUCCCCUCAGGGCAGUGUUCUCAUCCUGUGCGGCGCCCCGGCGACUGGUGGAGCGCGAGCAGGCCGUCCCCCUCUGUGGGGGGCGCAGCCGGGCCGGGGCGUCUGGGGAACGUGACGGGUGACUUGGCCCCCAGGCCUGCUCGCAGCCCCUGCACAGGCCAAAUGUAGUUAAAACCUUUAUAAUGAUUUUUCUAAAUUCUGUUUGGGGGUGUUACCGUGUAAUGGCAAUUGGACAGCGGUUUGUACAGCCACGUUCUGAGCACCGAGGAAUGUGCGGCACGGUGACCACGGCGCGUGGCUUGUGGAGGGUGAGGGUGUGCGUGUGUCCCUGUGUGUGUUCUCAGAUGCGGUCUGUCCUGCAGGAGACACGUCAGUGAACUUGCACAUAUUUAUUUAUUAGAGGACUACACACAGGGUCUCUCAGAAGUGGGUUUUUUGCCUUGUGCCUUUUGAAGUAUUUUUGUUCGAUGCUGUUUUGAUUCUCUGACUUGGAAUCAUCCAAACUCUACCCAUUCUGUCUGUCUCUUGAGUUUUUGGACUUGGGGCUUUCGGGGAUGACGCCCGCCUUCUGCCGUGACUCCUGUGUCCUGUGGGGGGGGUUCUCCCUGCAGAGCUCUGUGCUGUGCGUGGCACCUCAGCCCCAGCUCGUCCAGGGCCCCCUCCGGCGGGAGUAGAGUCUGGGCCGUGGGGCUGGACCUUUGUCCUGCCCACCCCCAGUUGGUGUCCCCCUGAGGUGCUCAGGACUGGCUUCCGUUUCCUGGGCACUGAGGUCCCAGCAGGCGUUGGGCGCAACUCCUCGUGCGAGUAGAUAGAAGUUUUGUAGAGCUGCGCAUGGAAAGCCGACGUUCCCUCGGGCAAGCAGCAGUACCCCACCUGUCCAGCUCGCCGAGUCCUCUUCCCGUCUCUGCACUGGGGCUGAUCUCACGCUCACCUUGGGGUGGAACUGGGAGUCCAGUUUUAUUUCUAAACUUCUCUGAUCGUUAAAAUCUAAGCAGAGGUUUGUUCUAAUGAAGGAGAAAAAACAGGAGAUGCUGGGAGCAGAAGGGGUGGGUGGCCCUGUCCCGGGAAGGGCUGAGUGAGGACAGCCCUGAAGCUCAGUGCCCCGAGCCUGGGGACAGAAGGGGGUCUUCCGGCACCGCAUCCAGGCCAUGGGGGCUCCGGGCUGUGCCGCGCCCCCCCCCCCCCCCCCCCGCGCAGACACGCCUCU